UUGCCUCUUGCAAGACACAUUCGCCAGUCGAACGAACGAACGAUCGCUCCACCAGCCCCAGCCGUUCCACUGUCGCCUCACAGAGCGCUUUCAAAGAAGAAAACGAAAGACUUGGAUUAGUUGGUGAGACGAGUAACUCGAUUACGGGACAUAAGAUUGUGUACUCGGUCGUGGUGCGUGUUUGCAAGUGGCUCCGUUGAUCCAAUCCUCCUCCGAUCAACAGUGGUCAGUGUAGAGAAGCCAGAGGGAGAAAUUCACACGAAACUUUCCGCUGGAUUUGGAAAAGGAAGAGUUUUAAGCUCGAAAAUACGAGAUUUUUUGUGCCGUGUUCCUUGGAAGCUGUUUGUGUUCUCAAAUUUGAGUGUUGUGUUUGCAGCCGUACGACGACGGUAAUGAAGGUCUUUGCCCUUUGAAAGUUUCAUUCAUACUCGCUUGGCCGCGGUCACGUCCAAGAAGAUGCGCCACUGAACCCCAACGUCGACUAAUGAAAAUUUCAGCCACUGCCGUUUUUAGUGGACGCGCGGCGAAAAUGUUUUAGUGUCAGUGGACUAGUAGGUUCGUUUUCCAUUUCGAGAAGGGAGGCAGUACUGCAGCACAGUGGAUUAGCCCGUGGAAGUUUAAGGAGUGAAAAAUCAUAACCGAAACAGGUCACCUUAGGCUAGGGUCAUGUCUGCCAUAAGGCAUCGACCUCUGGCUCCGCCCGGAGCUGAAGACAGCGAUGAAAAUUUCACAGACGAUGAAAGUGCCCCACUAACCCAGGAUAUUUAUGGCGGAAGCCAACGAACAAUACAAGAGACAAAAGGCUGGGAUGUAUUUCGUGAUCCACCGGUUAAAAUCGAAAGUGGUUCCACUGCCAAUCAAGCAUGUCUUGAACUCACCGUGAAAAUACUGAAAGUUUUCGCUUAUCUUAUAACAUUUAUUAUAGUAUUAGCUGGAGGAGUUGUAUCAAAAGGCUGUGUUUUAUUUAUGACGUCACAACUUCGAAAUGAUAGGAAAAUACCAUAUUGCAAUAAGGAUUUAGGUCGGGAUAAGCAAUUUGUCGUUCAAUUACCCGAAGAGGAGCGUAUAGCAUGGCUUUGGGCAAUCAUUAUAGCGUACGCAGUACCUGAAAUCGGAACCAUGAUCCGUUCAGUUCGUAUUUGGUUUUUCAAAACUAGCGUCGCUCCCACGUCGUCACACUUCUUUUUUGUCACACUUAUGGAAACUUUACAUGUAACCGGACUAGCUUUACUAAUGCUCAUCGUCCUGCCAGAAUUGGAUGCUAUCCAAGGAGCCAUGUUAACUAAUUGUGUAUGUUUCGUUCCUGGACUUUUUGGACUGUUUGCCAGAACUUCAAAGGAAAGCAAACGUGCCGUCAAGUCAAUUAUCGAUAUUGUGGCAGUAGCAGCACAAGUUACCGGAUUUGUUGUAUGGCCACUGCUCGAAAAUCGGCCGAUAUUGUGGUUGAUUCCAGUCGCAACUAUAUGUACGUCCUGUGGAUGGUGGGAGAACUAUGUUUGUCAGCAAUCUUCUUUUGGACUUGUUAGAGCAAUGGGACGUGUUAAAGAGGAGAUGAAAUACAACAGAUACUUCAUUAAUAUGUUUAUGCCUGUAUGGAAGAUAAUGUUAUUCGUUUGUCUGACAAUGCUUUGCCUUUGGUUCCGUGGAGACGAUCCUGCCAGCUUAUUCGGGCUUUUUGGUACUGCAUUUGGAGACCACAAAAUCACAAUCGAGGAAGUUUCUGUAGCAGCUCAACAAAACCUUCCCGAUCUGAUAAACGCUGCCCAAGUAGGAGACUCAGUAGACAUCGAUGCCGAUUACAACACUGUUGUCUAUGUCCUUUUGAUCGAAAUUUUGGCCGCCUAUUGCUGUUAUAUUUUCGGAAAAUUUGCUUGCAAGAUUUUGAUUCAAGGAUUCAGUUAUGCUUUCCCGGUCAACCUAACGAUCCCUGUCGUUGUGUCUUUCCUUAUUGCCGCUUGUGGCAUCCGAAGUGGUGAUCCUUGUUUCUUCCACGGUGUAAUUCCUGACUAUUUGUUCUUCGAAAGUCCACCCGUGUUCCGUUUGGGAGAUUUUAUUACCCGCCAAAUGGCUUGGGCUUGGCUUUUGUGGCUAUUAUCGCAAACCUGGAUAACGUUGCAUAUCUGGACGCCGAAAUGUGAACGUUUGGCCACCACCGAGAAAUUGUUUGUUAGUCCAAUGUAUACCGGAAUCUUGAUUGAUCAGUCGAUGGCUUUAAACCGCAGAAGAGAUGAUCAGGCAGAUGUAAAAACAGAGGAUCUUACGGAAAUCGAGAAGGAAAAGGGUGACGAAUAUUAUGAGACCAUUUCAGUUCACACCGAUGGAUCAGCAAUUCAGAAGUCAAAUGUUAAGUCUUCGGAUCACAUCACUCGGAUCUACUCAUGCGCUACCAUGUGGCAUGAAACGAAGGACGAAAUGAUGGAGUUCUUGAAAAGUAUCAUGCGAUUGGAUGAAGAUCAAUGUGCUCGGCGUGUAGCUCAAAAAUAUUUGCGUAUCGUUGAUCCUGAUUACUAUGAGUUUGAAACCCACAUUUUCUUCGAUGACGCCUUCGAAAUUUCGGACCACAGUGAUACUGAUAUGCAAGUGAACAGAUUCGUCAAAUUGCUAGUGGCCACAAUUGAUGAAGCAGCCUCUGAUAUCCAUCAAACAACAAUUCGUCUUAGACCACCUAAAAAGUAUCCAACUCCUUACGGAGGUCGUUUAGUGUGGACUCUUCCGGGCAAGACGAAAAUGAUUGCUCACCUUAAAGAUAAGGACAGGAUUAGGCAUCGUAAACGCUGGUCUCAGGUCAUGUACAUGUACUACUUGCUCGGUCAUAGACUCAUAGAACUUCCGAUAUCGGUCGAUCGGAAGGACGUCAUUGCUCAGAACACUUACCUGUUAACCCUCGAUGGGGAUAUUGAUUUCAAACCAAGUGCCGUAACCCUUCUUAUUGAUUUGAUGAAAAAGAAUAAAAAUUUGGGAGCAGCUUGCGGACGCAUUCACCCGGUUGGCUCAGGUCCUAUGGUGUGGUAUCAGCUUUUCGAAUAUGCUAUUGGACAUUGGCUGCAAAAGGCAACGGAACAUAUGAUUGGAUGCGUACUUUGUAGUCCUGGAUGUUUCUCACUUUUCCGUGGAAAGGCUCUUAUGGAUGACAAUGUUAUGAAAAAAUAUACGACACGAUCAGAUCAAGCUCGGCAUUACGUACAAUACGAUCAGGGAGAAGAUCGUUGGCUGUGUACGCUUUUGCUUCAAAGAGGCUAUCGUGUAGAAUACUCAGCUGCAUCAGAUGCCUAUACUCACUGCCCUGAAGGUUUCAACGAGUUCUAUAACCAACGUAGAAGAUGGGUCCCGUCCACCAUUGCUAAUAUCAUGGAUUUGCUUCAAGAUUAUAAACGCACGAUCAAAAUUAACGACAAUAUAUCAUUCCUGUAUAUUUGCUACCAGAUGAUGUUAAUGGGUGGUACUAUUCUGGGACCUGGGACAAUUUUCCUUAUGUUGUGCGGUGCCUUCGUCGCAGCCUUCCGAAUGUCGAAUUGGACAGCUUUCCAUUACAAUAUUGUCCCGAUCUUUUUCUUCAUGUUUGUGUGUUUCACUUGUAAGUCUAAUAUACAGCUGCUGGUUGCACAGAUCCUUUCGACAGCAUACGCUUUAAUUAUGAUGGCUGUAAUCGUCGGUACUGCCCUUCAGUUAGGUGAGGACGGUAUAGGCAGUCCGUCAGCCAUUUUCUUGAUAGCAAUGACGAGCUCGUUCUUCAUAGCGGCGUGUCUGCAUCCGCAGGAGUUUUGGUGUAUUACAGCAGGGAUGAUUUAUUUGUUGUCUAUUCCAUCUAUGUACUUGUUGCUUAUCUUGUACUCCAUUAUUAACCUGAACGUUGUAUCUUGGGGAACACGAGAAGUUGUCGCGAAGAAAACGAAGAAAGAAAUGGAGGCUGAGAAAAAAGCUGCUGAGGAAGCUGCCAAAAAGGCCAAGCAAAAGAGUUUACUUGGCUUCCUCCAGAACGGAAUCGGAGACAAUGGCGAUGAGGACGGUGCAAUCGAGGUUUCGCUUGCUGGACUUUUCAGAUGCAUCAUUUGUACUCAUGGAAAAACUAGCGACGAGAAAGUCCAACUUACUCAUAUUGCUGAUUCGCUUGGAUCUAUUCAGAAACGUUUGGAGAAUUUGGAACGAACUCUUGAUCCACAUGGACAUGCUAAUCAUCACCGUAGAAGGACAACUUCCGGUGGUUCAAAGGAGCAUACUCUUGGUUCGGUGGCGGAAGAUGACGAAUCUGAGUCGGAAUCUGAAUCGUCUACUGAACAUCAUGAAGAACGUGAUCAUUUGACCAACCCAUUCUGGAUUGAAGAUGUUGAAUUGCGCAAGGGUGAGGUUGAUUUCUUGUCGAGUGCUGAAAUUCAGUUCUGGAAGGAUCUUUUGGAUAAAUAUUUGUUCCCGAUCGAUCAGGAUAAGGAUGAACAGGAACGCAUCGCACGAGAUUUAAUCGAAUUGAGGAACAAAUCAGUUUUCGCGUUUUUCAUGUUCAACGCACUGUUCGUGUUGAUUGUGUUUUUGUUGCAGCUGAACAAAGACAAGUUGCAUAUCAUAUGGCCUCUGGGCGUCAAGACGAAUAUUACAUACAUUGAAGAAACGUCUGAGGUCCACAUUACCAAGGAAUAUUUGCAACUUGAACCCAUCGGUCUCGUGUUUGUGUUCUUCUUUGCAUUGAUUUUAGUAAUUCAGUUCGUGGCUAUGUUGUUCCAUCGUUUUGGAACCAUUUCACAUAUUCUUGCGUCAACCGAAUUGAAUUUGUGCUUCAACAAAAAGUCAGAAGAUCUUUCACAGGAUGCCCUGAUAGAUAAGCACGCUGUGGAAAUUGUUAAAAAUCUACAAAGGCUUCAAGGUAUCGAUGAAGAUUACGACAAUGAUUCUGGAAGCGGUCCAGAUCGAAUCGCUCGACGAAAAACUAUCCAAAACUUGGAAAAAGCUAGACAGCCCCGACGACAAAUUGGAACCUUGGACGUGGCUUUCAAGAAACGUUUCCUCAAGCUUACGGCCGAUGAGAAUAAUCCAGCUACACCUAUACUAACGAGACGUCUAACCAUGCGGCGAGAAACAAUCCGAGCCUUAGAAGUCCGAAAGAACUCAGUAAUGGCCGAACGAAGGAAGUCGCAAAUGAAAACGCUCGGUGCAAACAACGAAUAUGGAAUAUCAGCAGUGAAUAUGAUUAACAAUAACGUCAAUGCACCACCACGGAAGCCGCGCACUUCAAACGCUGGUAUCAACAUCAAGGAUGUGUUCAACACAAAUGGCACAGUUGGAGGUCAGAUAAAUCAAGGAUACGAGCAUGUUGCCGAAGAGGAUGAUAGAAACUCACUUCACUUGACCCCAAGGAAUCACCAGGUCUCCUGGGAGAAUCAAUCGAACCGACUGUAAACUAGUGUUUUCAUUUUUUACUCAAUCUAUUUCUUUUUUAUUUCUAAAUUAAGUACAUGUUAUUUAAAGCGAUAGCGAACAAAACCAUUAAAUACUCAAAUUAGUUUUUAGUCUUUCCGGACAACAACUUUUUUUAUUUUGUGAAUAAAAAAUAUGCGAAAAGUA